UAGACUGGUUCCCUGUCUAUUUCAGACAAGCGCCCUUCCUUUAGUUUGGGAGCCUCUACUGUCAUCAUUGUCUGGAACGCCCUUCAGUAGGCUAACGAUCUUCGGAUCUAUAUACCGGUGUGUAAUUCCACCUUUAACAGCAAAUGAUCCCAACGGCACACCAUACGUGUCGCAAUUAUAAUCCCCAACGAACAGCAAUGAAAAGAAUUGUAAGGACCGCUCUCCGUCGCUCUCUGAGUACCAGCUCCCGUCAUAGGGGGAAAUACAACGAACCGCUGUCAGGGAACGAUAUGCCCCGGUCCGGGGGGAUAGCCUCCAUGAUGCGUCUCCCCGUACAGACAGAUUCCCAGGGUUUGAAGGCUUGCUUUGUGGGAAUUCCCAUGGAUAUCGGAACGUCCAACCGGUCCGGAACCAGGCUAGGACCACGACAAAUCCGGACCGAGUCGGCGCUGGUUCGGAGGACCAACAUCGCGACAGGGGCCUCGCCGUUUGACUCUUUCCAAGUAGCUGACGUCGGUGACGUGAACUUUAACCUUUACAAUCUUCCUAAGGCGUGUGAGGACAUCCGGGACUAUUACCGGAAGUUGAUUAGUAAUGGCUGCAUACCUCUAACAAUGGGAGGGGACCACACAAUUAGCUACCCCAUCCUGCAGGCCAUGAAGGAGAGGUACGGUCCCCUGGGAAUGGUCCAUAUCGACGCCCACUCUGACACAAGCGACACGAUGCUGGGGGAGAAGAUUGCCCACGGGACGCCCUUCCGUCGGGCGGUGGAGGAGGGGUGCCUGGACCCCCACAGGGUCAUUCAGAUCGGACUCCGUGGGUCCACAUAUUCCGUGGAGGACUACGAUUGGGCGAGGAACCAGGGAUUUCGAGUGGUAAUGGCGGAGGAGUGUUGGCACAAGUCCCUGGCCCCCCUGAUGAGUGAGGUUCGUGAUAUGAUGGGCGACAGACCGGUGUAUAUAUCAUUUGACAUCGAUGGACUCGACCCCGCCUUUGCACCGGGAACAGGUACCCCCGAGAUAGGUGGGCUGACCUCGAUACAGGGACUGGAGAUCGUCCGGGGUUGCAGGGGACUGAACGUCGUCGGGGGUGAUCUCGUGGAGGUGUCCCCUUCUUAUGAUUUGAAUGGAACGACCGCCUUGACGGGAGCCAACCUUUUGUUUGAGAUGCUUUGUGUCCUACCUGGGGUCAAGUACCUCCGCUGACGUCAUUCGAAUGUCAUCAUGCAUAUCAUGAUCAGGCGUUGAUUUCUCUUACGUAUUGAAUAACUAUUUAUUUAAACUGCCGGUGAUUAUAACAUGUUCAUCUGUUUAGAAAUAAAAAAUAAAAAUCCCCCGUGGACGUGUUCCGUG